AGCGCCGAGCCGGAUCCUGAGGAACAAUAACAAGGAGAGGCGGCGGCGGCCGAGGCUCCCCCCUUAGCUCCCUCCCUCUGCCCUUCAUCCUCCUCCUCUUCAUCAUGUACGCCUUCGUGCGGUUCCUGGAGGACAACGUCUGCUAUGCGCUGCCCGUGUCCUGCGUGCAGGACUUCAGCCCCAAAUCCCGGCUGGACUUCGACAACCAGAAGGUCUACACCGUGUACCGGAGCCCGGCCCGGGAGGAAGAGGAGGACGAGGACGAAGAGGAGGAAGAAGAGGAAGAGGAGGAGGAAGAAGAGGGGAGCCCCGGGGGAGAGUGGGGGGCGCAGAGGCACCGUCGACGCCGACACCUCAAGCAGCAGCAGCAGCACCGCAGCCAGCGCCGGACGCCGCUCCACAAGGCCCAGAUCCUGGCCCUGGCAGAAGAUAAAACUGACCUUGAAAACAGUGUGAUGCAGAAGAAAAUUAAAAUCCCCAAGCUCUCUCUCAACCACCUAGAAGAAGCAGGGGAGAUUACAGAUUAUGGGGAUGAAGAUAUGGAACUUAGACACUGUAAGAGACAAGAUGGGAGAAAACAAAAUGAAGGUACACACAAAAGCAUUGAAGCUGUUGUUGCACGCCUUGAGAAGCAAAAUGGAAUGAGUCUCAGUAGCAAUUCCAGUCCUGAGGCAACAUUUUUGGAAACUUCAGAAAGGAUGAACAGUAUGGACGAUGCUGUAGUUCCUCGAGUCCUUUAUGAAGAAUUACUGAGAAGCUAUCAGCAACAGCAAGAAGAAAUGAGACACAUUCAGCAAGAACUUGAAAGAACAAGAAGACAGCUUGUUCAGCAAGCAAAAAAGCUAAAAGAGUAUGGGACAUUAGUGUCAGAAAUGAAAGAACUCAGAGACUUGAACAGACGGCUACAGGAUGUACUGCUUCUAAGACUAGGCAGUGGUCCAGCCCUAGAACUUGAAAAAGCUACACCAGAAUCCAUUGAGCCUGAGCCUGAAGUGCAGACGGCUUUCAGUGAGGAAGCAAACACAUCAGCAUACUAUCCAGCUGCUGUUCCAGUAAUGGACAAAUACAUUCUUGAGAAUGGAAAGGUCCAUCUUGGCAGUGGCAUCUGGGUAGAUGAGGAGAAAUGGCACCAGUUGCAAGUAACACAAGGAGAUUCAAAGUAUACAAAAAACUUAGCGGUUAUGAUUUGGGGAACAGAUGUUCUUAAGAACAGAAGUGUUACAGGAGUUGCAACCAAAAAAAAGAAAGAUGCUGUUCCCAAACCACCUCUGUCACCUCACAAAUUAAGUAUCGUCAGGGUUUGGACAGCAACAGCUUUAGUUAAGUGUUUAUAUGACAGGAUAGCACAAGAAACUGUGGAUGAGACUGAAAUUGCACAGAGACUCUCCAAAGUCAACAAGUACAUUUGUGAAAAAAUCAUGGAUAUCAAUAAAUCAUGUAAAAAUGAAGAAAGGAGAGAAGCAAAAUAUAAUUUGCAAUAAAUUUUGAAUUUUUAAUAAAGUGUUAGUGUUUUA